CACGAAAAAUGAAUGAGUGAACUUGCUCAGCAAAUUGAACUUAAAAUUUCAGCUCUACUAUCACGCAUGUGUAGAACCAAAACAAAACAAACAAUCAAACAUCAAAACUAUUUUUAUAGAGUAGAAAUUAUAAAUAAAAACAGAAAAUGGGCAAGGCCUCAAAGGAUAAACGUGAUAUAUUUUAUCGAUUGGCAAAAGAGCAGGGCUGGAGGGCUAGGAGUGCCUUCAAGCUCCUUCAAGCAGAUGAAACAUUUAAUUUGCUAGAGGGAGUCACACGGGCCGUGGAUUUAUGUGCUGCACCCGGCGGUUGGUCCCAGGUUCUGUCCAAGAAGAUGUAUGAGCCAAAGACGGCCGAGGAGCGGGAGAAAGUAAAGAUCAUUGCAGUUGACAUGCAGGGUAUGGCGCCCAUUGAUGGUGUGAAGCAGAUGCGCGCCGACAUAACCAAAGAGUCUACUGCAAAGGAAAUAAUUGAAUUCUUUGGUGGCCAAAAGGCACAGCUGGUGGUCAGCGAUGGUGCACCCGAUGUAACAGGGAUGCAUGAUUGGGAUGCCUACAUGCAAGCGCAGUUGCUGUUAUCGGCUCUUAGCAUCGCCACCUACAUUCUGGAAGAAGGUGGUACCUUUAUGGGCAAGGUGUAUCGCGCUGCCAACACCAGCGAUGUAUACCGACAGCUGAAACGCUUCUUCAAAGAUGCAUGCGUCUUCAAGCCAUCCGCAUCGCGGAACUCAAGCAUUGAAGCAUUUGUGGUGUGUCGUCAGUUCUGCAUGCCGAAGGAUCAUGUGCCCUGUAAUCUUAUUACUGAAUGGUAUAACAUUCCCGGAGCGGCGCUAAAAAAUAUCACAGGAAAAGAACGUGGUCCAGUGGAGCACCUUCCCUUCGUUGGCCACAAAUGUGAAUAUGAUUCGGAUUUCACCUACGAACUGGGCGACGACUAUGUACCUCUCGAGGCGGUACAAAAACCGCUGACUGCGGCUUAUCAGGAAGUAGUGGAAAAAACACGCAACAUGUCCAUUAAAUACAAAGGUUAUAAGGUGUCUCAUGCCAACGAUCCGCCUCCUCCGCAAGAAACGGAAAUAGAAUUUGAUACUGACCAAACGGAGCCUGACCCAUGAAUAUUAUUUAGUUCGAUUUAUGUUAAAUUAAAAGAGUGUUUUCAUUUUCUAAUAAUAAAUUGCAAUUUUAACUGUUUUAUACUGUGUUCGAA